AAAAAUGAGAGAAGCAUUUGGACAAAUCCAAGCAAUUGUGGCCAAACUUAAGCCAAGAAAUGACGAUGAUUUUAUUGAUAGACUCCAUUAUAUAAUUACCCCUUCAAUUCUUUUCACUUUUUCAUUUAUUGUUGGUGCCAAACAGUUUGUUGGGCAGCCUAUUCAGUGUUGGGCACCGGCUGAGUUUAAAAGGCAAUGGUCACGCUAUGCUGAAGGUUUAUGCUUUGUUGAGAAUACUUAUUUUGUUGGAAUGGAUGAGCGUUUCCCGAUGCGUCCAAUCGAACGUGAGAGACGUGAAAUCCACUAUUAUCAGUGGGUACCAUUUAUAUUGGUUGGAGAAGCUUUGCUAAUGAUGUUGCCGAAGCUUUUGUGGAAUGCUUUUAAUUGGAAAAGCGGUUUGGACAUCCGGUCAUUGGUUCAACGUGCUAAGAAACUUUCCGAAUCGGGUGAAUAUGAAGGAAAGAUUAAAGCAAGCCAGGACUUGGAAGAACGACUUGCCAUUGGAUUGAAACAAGCAAAAUAUAGGAAUAUGACUAAAACUGGACGAGGCGGAAUAAUUCAAGAAUGCCCAGAAACAUUGAACGGGCCUUGGGCGUCUGCUACUUUUGUCACAGGCUGUUAUCUUGCAUUAAAGUUGCUUAAUUUUGCCUCUAUUCUUCUUCAACUUUAUGUUUUGACUUUGUUUUUGGGAAAUGCAAAUGAAUCUGGUAAAGAAAGUUUUUGGGGAUUUGUGGUUGUUAAUGAUUUGUUGAAUGGACGUGAUUGGCAUAAAUCUGGAGCUUUUCCAAGGGUAACCUAUUGCGACUUUGAAAUUCGCCAAGCAGCGAGGGAAAUGCGCCCAAUGCAAUUCUCCCUCCAAUGUGUUUUAAUGAUAAAUAUGAUAAACGAGAAAAUUUUUCUUUUUAUUUGGUUCUGGCUUAUAGCUCUAGCAGUUAUAGGCACUUUCAAUUUACUUUAUUGGUUCUAUCAAGCUUUUUGUGUAACCUCCGCUGAUCGUUUUGUUCGUUCACAAUUGCGCCUCUCUAUAGCUAAUAUGCCAAGCAAUAAAGAAAUUAGAGAAUUUGUUCGGGUAGGUCUCUCCUAUGAUGGAAUAACUGUUUUGCGAUUAAUUGCCCUAAAUUGUGACCCAACAAUAUGUUCCCUUCUUGUUCGCUAUUUGUGGGAAAGAUUCGAACAAUCAUUUCUUUCUGGCCAAAGAAAUGUUGGCGAACAAAUAAACAAUAAUAAUGGAAACGCAAACAAUCAGAAUUAUUCUACAUGUGAGAAGAAAAAGUUUUAA